GAGGGGAGGCUCCCGGAAGUGGGCACGGCGGCAGGGCCACGCUCCCUGGGUUGGUUGGCAGGGGCAUACUGCAGCAUCCCGAGGCCGCGCGGGGCGGAGACUCGGGCGGCCCCGGCCUGUCACUGUCAUCUAGCCUGGGUCCCCGCGCUCCUCCCCGUGCCCUUCACGGCGCCCUGCCCUCCCCGGGCUGCUGCUCGGCCCGGCGUUCCCGCUGUACCCGGCUCUCGCUCCCGACGCCGCACGUCGAUCCCGCUUGGGUAACUCAUUCCACCUUGGAGUCCUUUCAGUUCUACGGAAAGAGUUCAAACCCUCCGGAAACCAAAAUGGAACACAGUAAACAGGUUCGAAUUUUACUGUUGAACGAAAUGGAGAAGCUAGAGAAGACCCUCUUCAGACUUGAACAAGGGUUUGAACUACAGUUCCGGUUAGGCCCAACUUUACAAGGGAAAGCUGUUACUGUGUAUACAAAUUACCCGUUUCCUGGAGAAGCAUUUAAUCGAAAAAAAUUUCGUUCCUUGGAUUGGGAAAACCCAACGGAAAGAGAAGAUGAUUCUGAUAAAUACUGUAAACUUCAUCUGCAGCAUUCUGGGUCUUUUCAGUACUACUUCCUUCAAGGAAAUGAGAAAAGUGGAGGAGGUUACAUAGUUGUGGAUCCUAUCCUACGCAUUGGAGCUGAUAAUCAUGUGUUACCCUUGGACUGUGUUACUCUCCAGACAUUUUUAGCAAAGUGUUUAGGACCCUUUGAUGAGUGGGAAAGCCGACUAAGGGUUGCAAAGGAAUCAGGUUACAACAUGAUUCACUUCACCCCCCUGCAGACUCUUGGACUGUCAAGGUCAUGCUACUCCCUUGCUGAUCAGUUAGAAUUAAACCCUGACUUUUCAAGGCCUAACAGAAGAUAUUCCUGGAAUGACGUUGGACAGCUAGUAGAGAAGCUGAAAAAGGAGUGGAAUAUUCUUUGUAUUACAGAUGUUGUCUACAAUCAUACUGCUACUAACAGUAAGUGGAUCCAGGAACAUCCGGAAUCUGCCUACAACCUCGUCAACUCUCCACACUUAAAACCUGCCUGGGUCCUAGACAGAGCGCUUUGGCAUUUGUCCUGUGAUGUUGCAGAUGGGAAGUACAGGGAAAAAGGAGUCCCUGCUUUGAUUGAAAAUGAUCAACACAUGCAUUGCAUUCGGAAAAUAAUUUGGGAGGACAUUUUCCCAAGAAUUCAGCUCUGGGAGUUUUUCCAAGUAGAUGUUCACAAAGCAGUUGAACAAUUUAGAAGACUUCUCACCCAAGAAAACAGGAGAGUGACUGAGUCUGACCCAAAGGAAUAUCUUAAAAUUAUUCAGGACCCUGAAUACAGACGGCUUGGCUGCACUGUAGAUAUGAACAUUGCACGGGCGACUUUCAUACCACAUGACAAUGGGCCAGCUGCGAUUGAAGAGUGCUGUAACUGGUUCCGUAAGAGACUUGAGGAGUUAAAUUCAGAGAAGCACCACGUCACCAACUGUCAUCAGGAACAGGCAGUUAAUUGUCUUUUGGGAAAUGUGUUUUAUGAACGACUGGCUGGCCACGGCCCUAAACUAGGACCCGUCACUAGGAAACACCCUUUAGUUACCAGGUAUUUCACUUUCCCCUUUGAAGAAAUGGCCUUAUCCGCAGAAGAAUCCAUGAUCCACCUCCCAGAUAAAGCUUGUUUUCUGAUGGCGCACAAUGGGUGGGUGAUGGGCGAUGAUCCCCUUCGCAACUUUGCUGAGCCAGGUUCAAACGUUUAUUUAAGGAGAGAACUUAUUUGCUGGGGUGACAGUGUUAAAUUGCGCUAUGGGAAUAAACCAGAGGACUGCCCUUAUCUGUGGGCACACAUGAAAAAAUACACUGAGAUAACUGCCACCUAUUUCCAGGGAGUGCGUCUUGACAACUGCCACUCCACACCUCUUCACGUGGCCGAGUACAUGCUGGAUGCUGCUAGGAAGUUACAGCCCAAUCUUUAUGUAGUGGCUGAGCUGUUCACGGGAAGCGAAGAGCUGGACAAUAUCUUCGUUACUAGACUAGGCAUCAGUUCCUUAAUAAGAGAGGCAAUGAGUGCGUAUAACAGUCAUGAAGAGGGCAGAUUAGUCUACCGAUACGGAGGGGAACCUGUUGGAUCCUUUGUUCAGCCCUGUUUGAGGCCUUUGAUGCCAGCUAUCGCGCAUGCCCUGUUUAUGGACAUUACCCAUGAUAAUGAGUGUCCAAUUGUGCACAGAUCAGCCUAUGAUGCUCUUCCAAGUACCACAAUUGUUUCAAUGGCAUGUUGUGCUAGUGGAAGUACGAGAGGCUAUGAUGAGCUAGUGCCUCACCAGAUUUCAGUGGUUGCUGAAGAACGAUUUUACACUAAGUGGAAUCCUGGGGCGCUGCCCUCAAACACAGGGGAUGUUAAUGUCCAGAGUGGGAUCAUUGCAGCCAGGUGUGCCAUCAAUAGGCUCCACCAAGAGCUGGGAGCCAAGGGUUUCAUUCAGGUGUAUGUGGACCAGGUGGAUGAAGACAUAGUGGCAGUAACAAGGCACUCGCCAAGCACCCAUCAGUCUGUUGUGGCUGUGUCUAGAACUGCUUUUAGAAAUCCCAAGACUUCAUUUUACAGCAAAGAAGUGCCUCAGAUGUGCAUCCCUGGCAAAAUUGAAGAAGUAGUUCUUGAAGCUAGAACUAUUGAAAGGAAUACAAACCCUUAUAAGAAAGAUGAGAAUUCAAUCAAUGGAAUACCAAAUAUUACAGUGGAAUUUAGAGAACAUAUCCAGCUUCAUGAAAGUAAAAUUGUCAAACAAGCUGGGAUUGCCACAAAGGGUCCCAAUGAAUAUAUUCAGGAAAUAGAAUUUGAAAAUCUAUCUCCGGGAAGUGUUAUCAUAUUCAGGGUUAGUCUUGAUCCACAUGCUCAAGUUGCUGUUGGAAUUCUUCGAAAUCACCUGACCCAGUUCAGCUCUCACUUUAAAUCUGGAAGCCUAGCUGUUGACAAUGCAGACCCUAUAUUAAAAAUCCCCUUUGCUUCCAUUGCUUCUAAAUUGACUUUGGCUGAGCUAAAUCAGGUACUUUACCGAUGUGAAUCAGAAGAACAAGAAGAUGGUGGAGGUUGCUAUGACAUACCAAACUGGACAUCCCUUAAGUAUGCAGGUCUUCAAGGAUUAAUGUCCGUGUUGGCAGAAAUAAGACCAAAGAAUGACUUGGGGCAUCCAUUUUGUGAAAACUUGAGGUCUGGAGAUUGGAUGAUUGACUAUGUCAGUGGCCGGCUUAUUUCACGAUCAGGAAGUAUUGCUGAAGUUGGUAAAUGGUUGCAGGCAAUGUUCUUCUACCUGAAGCAGAUCCCACGAUACCUUAUCCCAUGUUACUUUGAUGCUAUAUUAAUUGGUGCAUACACCACUCUGCUGGAUGUAGCGUGGAAACAGAUGUCAAGCUUUGUUCAGAGUGGUUCAACCUUUGUGAAACACCUGUCACUGGGUUCUGUCCAGAUGUGUGGAGUCGGGAAGUGCCCUUGUUUGCCACUUCUUUCACCCUCGCUCCUGGAUGUACCGUGCAGGCUAAAUGAUAUCACAAAGGAGAAGGAGCAGUGCUGUGCCUCCUUGGCUGCGGGCUUGCCUCACUUUUCUUCUGGUCUUUUUCGCUGCUGGGGGAGAGAUACUUUCAUUGCACUUCGAGGGAUGCUGCUGGUUACUGGACGCUACUUAGAAGCCAGGAACAUCAUCUUAGCAUUUGCUAGUACCCUGAGGCAUGGCCUCAUUCCUAACCUCCUCGGUGAAGGAACUUAUGCCAGGUAUAACUGUCGGGAUGCUGUGUGGUGGUGGCUGCAGUGUAUUCAGGACUACUGCAAGAUGGUUCCAAAUGGCCUCGACAUCCUCAAAUGCCCCGUUUCCAGAAUGUAUCCGACAGAUGAUUCCGCACCUUUGCCUGCUGGGACACUGGAUCAACCUUUGUUUGAAGUAAUACAGGAAGCUAUGCAAAGGCACAUGCAAGGCAUCCAGUUCCGAGAGAGGAAUGCUGGCCCACAGAUAGAUCGAAAUAUGAAGGACGAGGGUUUCAAUAUAACUGCAGGGAUUGACGACGAAACGGGAUUUGUUUAUGGAGGAAAUCGCUUUAACUGUGGCACAUGGAUGGAUAAAAUGGGAGAAAGUGAACGAGCCAGAAACAGAGGAAUCCCAGCUACCCCGAGAGAUGGGUCUGCUGUGGAAAUCGUGGGCUUGUGUAAAUCUACUGUGCGUUGGUUGCUGGAGUUGUCCAAGAAAAACAUUUUCCCUUAUCACGAAGUCAAAGUAAGAAGACAAGGAAAGGUUGUAACAGUCUCAUAUGAUGAGUGGAACAGAAAAAUACAAAACAGCUUUGAAAGGCUGUUCUACGUUUCAGAAGACCCUUCAGAUCCUAACGAGAAGCACCCGAAUCUGGUUCACAAACGUGGUAUCUACAAGGAUAGCUAUGGAGCGUCAAGUCCUUGGUGUGACUAUCAGCUCAGGCCCAACUUUACCAUAGCAAUGGUCGUGGCCCCUGAACUCUUUACUGCUGAAAAAGCUUGGAAAGCUUUGGAAAUCGCAGAAAAAAAAUUGCUUGGUCCUCUGGGCAUGAAAACUCUAGAUCCAGAUGAUAUGGUUUACUGUGGAGUUUAUGAUAAUGCCUUAGACAAUGACAACUACAAUCUUGCUAGAGGUUUCAAUUACCACCAAGGACCUGAAUGGCUAUGGCCAAUUGGGUAUUUUCUUCGUGCAAAGUUGUAUUUUUCCAAAUUGAUGGGCCCAGAGAUGGCUGCAAAGACUGUAUUUUUGGUUAAAAAUGUCCUUUCCAGACAUUAUGUUCAUCUUGAGAGAUCCCCAUGGAAAGGACUUCCAGAACUCACCAAUGAGAAUGGCCAGUACUGUCCUUUCAGCUGUGAGACACAAGCAUGGUCAAUGGCUGCUGUUCUUGAAACCCUUUAUGAUCUGUAGCUCCCUCAUAGUUAGUCAGUAACUGUGUGAACACUUGACUUUUGAAUGCAAAUGAAAUGGAAGCUCAAUUCAUUUUAAAAAUCUUAUUCAUAGCCAGGCAGUGGUGGCAUAUGCUGUUAACCCAGCACUGAAGAGGCCGAGGCAGGCAAAUCUCUGAGUUCUAGGCCAGCCUGGUCUACAGAGGGAGUUCCAGGACAGUCGGGGCUAUACAGAGAAAUCCUGUCUCAAAGAAGGAAACAAACAAACAAAUACUUUUCUUUCUUUCUAAUUAAUUUUUUCCUUGAGGCUGUCAUGUAUGCCACCACAGUCAGUCUUGCACUACUGGGGAUCACACGCAGGACUUCACGCAUGCUAGACAAGCACUCUAACAACCGAACUAUAUCUCAUGCCCUAUUUUUUUUUUACAUUCUUGUGAUUUGAAUCAGAAAGAAAAUGACCAUGGCCGGUGGAACAUUACUAGUGUUGAGUUCAAAAACUAUUCUUCAAAGCAGGGGGGAAUAAAGAAAACAUGUCAUCUUGAGUUUGUACAAGUGUAAGAGUGGACAAACAGAGGUGCUCUUAAAUCCUGCUGCAUAUUGUCACACUCCGUGGGCUGUGCUUCAUCAAUGUCCUGCCGUUUGUUACCGCAUUCUGAACACCUUGCAUAAGGCAGUCAGUGCACAUUUGGUAAGUGCUUUAUGAAUGGAGGAUGGUGGAAAUUUCCACCUACAAUAUAUGUUCAUAAGUGGAGCACAAAGCUUCAAAAUGUUUUCACUGGUAUUAUAUUUUUAAUAGAACAUGUUUUAAUGCCAACUAUACUGAACAUAACCUAUUUGUGUUAAAGAAUAACUGGACGUAGGAGACAUAACAUUGGUACAUAAAACAAUGCUGUAAAAUUUGUCCUGACUAGUUCCAAUUUCUUAUUAUGAGAUAGUUUACAUUUUCAAAUGGAACUUACCGGGCAUAUUUAUGAAAUUUUCACAGGGGAAAAAAAAAAGCCCCAAGAUGGAGCUUAGUGACAGAGUGCUCACCUAGCAUGUGUCAAAGGGCCUGAGUUCUAUCCCCAAAGCCAUCAAAGAAAGGAAGGUAUGGGGAUGGGGGGAGUAAUGAAGAAGGGAGGGAGGGAAAGGAAAGAAAGAGGAAAGAUUUAAAACAUUAGGUUAUUAGGUUAUCUACAAUAGGGUCAUGACCCACCUCAGAGAAUCGUUAGGAUACAUUGCUCCUAUUUAGGACUAGUGAUGAAAUAACAGGUCUGUUUUGCACGGUCUGUCUGAGAUUCUCGGAAGGCGUGUGUAUAUUACUGCAGUCGCAGUAAUUAAUGCUUUUAGGCUAAAAGGAUUGUUGCUAUUCGGCUAAAGAGCACUUAGGUAGAGUACUUCGCUCCUGCCAGAUGCUGCAUCAAGCGCUGUUUUUAUUUUACACUUCUCAAAUGGUCUGUGCCUUGGUUUUUCACUUACCCAAACCAAUUUUACUCUACUAAAUGAAAAGUCAACUUACCAGUUUAACCAGUAUGCCGUGACACUUUAGUGAGUUUUCUGAGAUGCCUGAAGAAACACGAGGCCUGUCAUUUGAUGAGUGCUAUCACCUAAUGGUAAUCAUUUCUACUGUGUCUUAAACUGCUCUGUCUAAUGAGCAAAUGUUUAUAUGUCUGUGUGUCAAAAUAAAAGUCUUUUCUAAAGGA